GCUGGUGAGGAACACCUAGCGCAGGUAAAAGGGUGGCGGCGACAGGGAGUUCCCAUUUGCAGCGUUCUGAAAGAAAUGAAGGCUUAAGGAAACUGCAAGGAGGGGCCGAUCCGUGAUUUUCGGACGCGCCUGGAGCCCCACCCUCGGCCAGAGGAAAAGCCCCUGGAGUGAGAGGCCCGCGCCUCAGAGACACCGAGAAGAAAAGCGCCUCUCCGCGCGCUCCGCCUCCUCCGCCUCGCACUGCUCUGCGCGGCGGCCCAGCUGCGCCCGGCCGCGGCCCUGCGCCCCGCCGAGCCCGCCCGCCCGCCCGCCCGCCACCCGCCGGCGACCCGCCCCGAGCGCGCUCCAUGGCGGCAGCGCGACCCACCGGCCCCCGGAGCGCGGCCUUCUGCCGGCAGCUCCUGCUGACCCUCGCGAUCUUAACAUUUGCCAGUGAUGCCUGUAAAAAUGUGACACUACAUGUUCCCUCCAAACUAGACGCUGAGAAAUUUGUUGGGAGAGUUAACCUGAAGGAGUGCUUUAAAUCUGCAAACUUAAUUCAUUCAAGUGAUCCUGAUUUCCAAAUUUUAGAAGAUGGUUCAGUCUAUACAACACAUGCUAUUCUUUUGUCCUCGGAGAAGAGAAGCUUUACCAUAUCACUUUCUAACACUGAGAAGCAGGAAGAGAAGAAAAUAUUUGUCCUUUUAGAGCAUCAAACAAAGGUAUUGAAGAAAAGGCAUGCUAAAGAAAAAGUUCUAAGACGUGGCAAGAGAAGAUGGGCUCCUAUUCCUUGUUCAAUGAUGGAGAAUUCCUUGGGUCCUUUCCCACUUUUCCUUCAACAGGUUCAAUCUGACACAGCACAAAACUACACCAUAUACUAUUCCAUAAAAGGUCCUGGAGUUGACCAAGAACCUCGGAAUUUAUUUUAUGUGGAGAGAGAUACUGGCAACCUGUAUUGUACUCAAGCAGUAGAUCGUGAGGAGUACGACUCUUUUCAGAUAGUUGCCUUAGCCACAACUCCAGAUGGGUACUUCCAAGAAGCUCCACUGCCCUUGCUAAUCAAAAUAGAGGAUGACAAUGAUAAUGACCCAAUUUUUACAGAAGCAACUUACAUUUUUACAGUUUCUGAAAAUUGCAGAGUAGGUUCUACUGUGGGACAGGUAUGCGCAACUGACAGAGAUGAGCCUGACACACUGCACACACUCCUGAGGUACUCUAUCAUCGAGCAGCUGCCAGCGUCACCCACACUGUUCUCUAUGCAUCCAAGGACAGGUGUGAUCACCACCACAUCCUCUCAGCUGGACAGAGAGUUUAUUGAUAAAUACCAAUUGAAAAUAAAAGUACAAGACAUGGACGGUCAAGCUUUUGGUCGGCAGACAACUUCAACUUGUAUCAUUAAUAUUGGGGAUGUGAAUGACAACUUGCCAACAUUUACCCGUACUUCUUAUGUGACUUCAGUGGAAGAAAAUACAGUCGAUGUGGAAAUCUUACGUGUCACUGUUGAGGAUAAAGAUUUAGUGAAUACUGCUAACUGGAGAGCUAAUUAUACCAUUUUAAAGGGCAAUGAAAAUGGGAAUUUCAAAAUUGUAACAGAUCCCAAAACCAAUGAAGGAGUUCUGUGUGUAGUUAAGCCAUUGAAUUAUGAAGAAAGGAAACAAGUGAUCCUACAAAUUGGCGUAGUUAAUGAAGCUCCGUUCUCCAGAGAGGCUAGUUCCAAAUCAGCCAUGAGCACAGCGACAGUCACUGUCAGUGUGAAAAAUCAGGAUGAGGGCCCUGAGUGUAGCCCUUCAGGACAAACUGUUCGAAUUAAUGAAAAUGCACAAGUGGGAACAACAGUCAGUGGAUAUAAAGCAUUUGACCCAGAAACCAGAAGUAGCAGUGGCAUAAGGUAUAAGAAAUUGAAUGAUCCAAAAGGGUUGGUCACUGUUGAUGAAAAUACUGGAUCAAUCAAAGUUUUCAGAAGCCUAGAUAGAGAGGCAGAGUUCAUCACAAAUGGCAUAUAUAAUAUUACAAUCGUUGCAUCAGAUGGAGUCGGGCGAUCAUGUACUGGGACACUGGGAAUUAUCCUUGAAGAUGUGAAUGAUAACGGCCCUUCCAUACCUAAACCAACGGUGAUCAUCUGCAAAACCGUCAUGUUAGCUGCAGAGAUCGUUGCUAUUGAUCCUGAUGAACCCAGGCAUGGGCCACCCUUUGACUUCAGUUUGGAGACUUCUGACUCACAAGUACGGAGAAUGUGGAGACUGACAAAAAUUAAUGAUACAGCAGCGCGGCUUUCCUAUCAGAAUGAUCCUCCAUUUGGACAAUAUGUAGUUCCGGUCAAAGUUUCAGAUAGACUUGGCCAGUCUAAGGUCACUUCAUUGACUGUUACACUAUGUGACUGUGUUACUGAAAAUGACUGCACAUACCGUGCAGGUCCAAGGGUUGGCGGAGCAGAAGUUAGACUUGGAACAUGGGCUAUCCUUGCAAUAUUGUUGGGCAUAGCAUUGCUAUUUUGUAUCCUGUUUACGUUAAUCUGUGGGGCUUCUCGGACAGCCACACAACCAAAAACGUUUCCUGAUGACUUAGCCCAGCAGAACCUAAUUGUAUCAAACACAGAAGCGCCUGGAGAUGACAGAGUGUGUUCCCCGAAUGGCUUCACCACCCACACCGUGGGCGCUUCUGCUCAGGGAAUUUGUGGUACUGUGGGAUCAGGAGUCAGACCUGGAGGGCAGGAGACCAUUGAGAUGGUGAAAGGAGGGCAGCAGACCCUGGACACCUGCCAGGGAGCUGGGCACCUUCACACCCUGGACACCUGCCAGGGAGCUGGGCACCUUCACACCCUGGACACCUGCCAGGGAGCUGGGCACCUUCACACCCUGGACUCCUGCAGGGGAGGACGCGUGGAGACUGACAACUGCAGAUACAAUUACUCAGAGUGGCACAGUUUCACUCAGCCCCGUCUCGGUGAAGAAUCCAUUAGAGGACACACUCUGAUUAAAAAUUAAACAAUGAAAGAGGGUGCAUCUGUGUAAUCAGGAUGACAGUCACAAGCAUGCGCAAGACUAUGUCCUGACAUAUAACUAUGAAGGAAGAGGAUCGGCGGCUGGGUCUGUAGGUUGUUGCAGCGAACGACAAGAAGAAGAUGGACUUGAAUUUUUGGAUAAUUUGGAACCCAAAUUUAGGACACUAGCAGAAGCAUGCAUGAAGAGAUGAGUGUGUUCUAAUAAGUGUGCAAAGCCAGUGGCUUUAUCAUUUUUUUUUUUUUUUGUAAUUACAAAGCAGGAUUUUUUAAAAACAGAAGAUGCUAUGUUUGGGGCUUUUUUUCCCUUUGUUUUGGUGGAAUCUCUUUGGCCAAAUGUACAUUUACAGAGAGACACUGUAAAUAAGCACACAAAUUUUCAAUUUUUACAUAGUUUUUAAUUACUUGUCUUCCACCCAAGGAGAUCUAUAAAUAGAAAAUUUAAGAAAGUCUGCAUUAUUGGUUACAUUUGGGUAUAAUAACAACAGCCAAUUUAUAGUGCAAUAAAAUGUAAUUAAUUCAAGUCUAUGUUAUAGACUACUUGAAGUACAAGCUGAUAGAAAAUUGUAGAGACCUAGCUUUAGCAUUAUCUCCAGUUAACGAAUUAAUUAAUCAUUUGUGUGGUGCUUCUUUUCUGCGAUAGUCUGAAGUGUAUAUAUUGCAUUCUUGCUAUUGUUUAUUCUUAUAGCACUACCUUCAUAAUGCAAAGGGAAAUUUCUAACCAGACAUUGAGUGUUAUUACAAUUCCAUUUUGAUGAAGUUGUAAAAAAAAUAAUUAAGCAAUUUUAGGUUUUAUUCUAUAUCAAAUACUGCAUUGAAUUCACAUUUCCUCUGUUACCUACUUUGUCGGUAAAAUGUAAGUUUAAAAGUGCUUUCAGAAUGUAUUCUUAUCCCUGCAAGUUUUUUCUUUGAGGUGCCAAAUAGUCUCCCUCUCUCUCUUCCCUCUCUGUCUUUAAAAUUUCUACUUGGGUUGGAGAAUCCAAAUAUUUUUAAGAACUCCUCUUUUCUUCUCUCUUAAAGUGAAUUAUUCCUUUUUGGUUUUAUGUAAAUAUAUGUAAUCUUGGUUUUUCCUAAAAUCAAUGUAAUGUUAACUUUGUUAUUUCAAAUAUCUUGGUGAUUGCUGCAGUAUCUCCUCAACAGAGAACCUUGAAUUUUGCCAUCGAAACUGUAGAACUAUGUCAUGAUUUUAUUAGAAACAGCAUUCUAUGUUAACAAAAGGAAUGGUGCCAUUAGAAUUGGGAUGUGGAUGCUUAGUAUGUGAUUGCACAUUUACAGUUCAUAUCUUUAAUGCAAGGAUACAGUAUAUAAUUGCAAAAUAACGAUGGUUUUUGAAAUAAGCUUUGAAAUACAGGGAUCUUGAAAGCUCUCUGGGACUAUUUUAUAAGUUUUUAGAUGUGAUGGUUAGUUAUAUCUAUGUGUUUGUAAAGUUAUUUUUUAAUAUUUUAAGAUUACAGUUUUUAACAAAUGUAGAAAUGGGCCAAACUAUUUAAAUUUUAAAACAGUAAGACAAAUUGAACUUAAUAGCCCACUAAAUUCCAGGACAAGUUUCAUGGUUUAUUUCAGUCAAUGAAUUCUCAUGUGUACUAAACAUAUGUACAUUUUAAGGACAUUUGGACUAAACAUAUGGACAUUUUAAGUGUGUUUCUGAUAUUUGUUAUUGUUAAUACUGUGCCUGUCUUGAAUGCACAAUGUUGGGUUGUAACUAUUAUUUUUCAGGAUUAACAUUGGGUAAUUAUUUGAUAACCAGCUUAUCUUUUCAAUAGUCCCAUCACUGCUUAGUCCAAAUAAUAAUUUCCCAAAAUUAUUUUUAAUAAAUUAUGUAUAAAAUUUUUGUGUAUUGCUAGUUAUAAUUAAGUAAAUUAAGCAGUUUUUAAAAAUUAGUAUGAGUUUGUUAAUCAUGGUAGACGUCUAACAUGAGUUUAAGGGCUUAUACUCUUCUGACUUAGAGAAGUGAGUCCCUUCAUUAGAAUCCUGUUGUACAUUUUUUAGAAUUUAAAAUUUGGUUUGGAGAGAUGUUUGGUGCAUUGUUACCACCACAUUUAUAUAAUAUUACUAUUCUAAAGACUGUGACGCUAGUGGGUAUUCGUUUAGUUGCAUAUUUUCUCUGUGUCUGUUUUUGUCAUCUUCAAAUGGGGAAUAAUAACAGAAUUCCUUUCCUAGGGUGGUUGUAAGAUACUUGAAUAAAAAAUGGUUUUGAAGCAUGAAA